AUGGCAGGUCUGGGAAAGGCGAUGUACGCGGUGGGGUUCUGGAUCCGGGAGACCGGCCAGGCCCUCGACCGCCUCGGCUGCCGCCUGCAGGGCAAGUACUUCUUCCACGAGCAGAUUUCAAGGCAUCGCACCAUCAUGAAUAUCUUUGACAAAACCCCUCAUGUUCAUAAAGACGCAUUUGUUGCUCCAAGUGCAUCCCUUAUUGGUGAUGUUCAAGUUGGGCCAGGAGCUUCCAUUUGGUAUGGGUGUGUCUUAAGAGGGGAUGCAAACAACAUACAAAUUGGAUCUGGGACCAAUAUACAAGACAAUUCUCUUGUGCAUGUGGCUAAAUCUAAUCUAAGUGGGAAAGUCUUUCCAACAAUCAUUGGCAAUAACGUCACAGUAGGUCAUAGUGCUGUGUUACAAGGAUGCACGGUUGAGGAUGAGGCUUUUGUUGGCAUGGGGGCAACCCUAUUAGAUGGUGUCGUUGUUGAAAAGCACGGGAUGGUAGCUGCUGGAGCCCUCGUACGGCAGAAUACUAGGAUCCCUUGUGGAGAGGUAUGGGGAGGGAACCCUGCCAAAUUUCUGAGGAAGCUCACAGAUGACGAGAUCGCUUUUAUUGCGGAAUCAGCUGCCAACUAUUCCAGCCUGUCCAAGGCACAUGCUGAUGAGAAUGCCAAGCCUCUUGAAAAGAUUGAGUUUGAGAAGGUGUUGCGCAAGAAAUUUGCUCACCAGGAUGAUGCUGGAUCAUUGAUUGGAGCAUUGUUCCAUGACUUUGGUUUAUGUUUACUUUUCCUCCCCAAUAAUCUUGGGUCGAGCGAUGUUAUAAAGCUGGCCAUGCACUUCUUCCAGAUUCUGUAUUCGGAUGAAAAAUUAUGGGAAAUUAUCAAGUGUGCCGUUCCUGAGAACAACUCCAGUAGUCGUAUAAUCACAACAAGCCGCAAGUUAAGUGUGUCUGAAGCAUCCUGCUCUUCCAUUGAUGAUCAAAUUUAUAGGAUGAAACCUCUGUCUGAAGAUAAAUCUCAGAAGCUGUUCUAUAAAAGGAUAUUUCAUCAGGGCGUAGGAUGUCCACCCGAUUUGGAACAAGUAUCCAAGGAUAUCCUCAAGAAAUGUGGCGGGGUACCAUUAGCAAUUAUUUCCAUAGCUAUUAUUUUGGCUAGUCAUCACAAUCAUAUAAGAGCAAAAGAUCAAUGGCAUAUUGUGCUCAAUUCUAUUGGUCAUGGACUUACAGACGGCGGCAACGUGGAGGACAUGCAAAGAAUACUUUCAUUUAGCUAUUACGAUCUUCCUUCUCAUCUUAAGGCUUGUUUAGUGUAUCUAAGUAUAUUUCCAGAAGAUUAUGAGAUUAGAAGAGGUCGAUUGAUAUGGAGGUGGAUAGCCGAGGGUUUAAUCCAACACAAGAAGGAUGAGGAUAAUUUAUUUGAGCUUGGGAUAGUUCUCAAUACCGGCGAAAACCGGUCAAUAUCGGUCCUACCGGUCCCCUCCGGUAUUGGACGGUUUCGGAUGGUUUUGACCAGUAUUGGAUAA